GGAAGUUUUGUAAAAACAACAGGAAGAAUUGCUCAGAUACCCAUGAGCGUAUAUAACUUGGUUCGUGUUAUAAAUGCUCUGGCUAAACCUAUUGAUGGGAGAGGCGAAAUUGUAGCUUCCGAAUCUCGCUUAAUUGAAUCUCCUGCUCCAAGUAGAAUUUCCAGGCGUUCCGUAUAUGAACCUCUUCAAACAGGGCUUAUUGCUAUCGAUUCGAUGAUCCCUAUAGGGCGCGGUCAGCGAGAGUUCAUUAUUGGGGACAGACAGACUGGCAAAACAGCAGUAGCCACAGAUACAAUUCUCAAUCAAAAAGGGCAAGGUGUAAUAUGUGUUUAUGUAGCUAUCGGUCAAAGAGCAUCCUCCGUAGCUCAAGUAGUAACUACUUUCCAUGAGGAGGGGGCCAUGGAAUACACUAUUGUAGUAGCUGAAAUGGCGGAUUCACCUGCUACAUUACAAUACCUCGCUCCUUAUACGGGAGCAGCCCUGGCUGAGUAUUUUAUGUACCGCGAACGGCAUACUUUAAUAAUUUAUGAUGAUCUCUCCAAACAGGCACAAGCUUAUCGCCAAAUGUCCCUUCUAUUAAGAAGACCUCCCGGACGUGAGGCUUAUCCAGGGGAUGUUUUUUAUUUGCAUUCACGCCUUUUAGAAAGAGCCGCUAAAUUAAAUUCUCUUUUAGGCGAAGGAAGUAUGACCGCUUUACCAAUAGUUGAGACUCAAUCUGGAGACGUUUCCGCCUAUAUUCCUACUAAUGUAAUCUCCAUUACAGAUGGACAAAUAUUCUUAUCUGCGGAUCUAUUCAAUGCCGGAAUUCGACCCGCUAUUAAUGUGGGUAUUUCUGUUUCCAGAGUAGGAUCCGCGGCUCAAAUUAAAGCCAUGAAACAAGUAGCUGGCAAAUCAAAAUUGGAACUAGCGCAAUUCGCAGCGCACAUAAGAAAUAUUAUGAAUGAAUCACCUUACAAUAACAUACGAGAGACAGCUUUCUAUUUUGUCGAACAACAAGAUGCAAGAGUAAUAGCUGUGGCGCUGAUAGCUCUAGAAGCAAUCAGAAGAGAUCUUUGGCUUCGAGUAAGGAUUCUUGGCGCUAUCAAAGAAGGUGUUGUGGGCUCUGAAGCUAUUCACACUGAACGAUCAUGGGGAGGUUGCAAUGCCUGGAAGCCUUGGCAGCCUGGGCUUUGGCUUCUGAACUUGGGGCCUCUACUCCACAUGAUAGCCAUACUGAGGUCCGGGACCAGUGGGAGGCACCAUGAUUGGCCAUUUCACAGUGACCAGCUGUCCAUGAUCGAAGUCCUGUUCAAUUGUGUGAGGCCUAGGAGAUGGAACAGUGGCAUCAGGAUCCACAUGGGCUUCAGGUUGCACAUGAGCUUCAGGCAUAACAUUGGCUUCAGGCACCACAUUAUCUUCAGCCAUGACAACGUCAUUGGCUUCAGUAUCAUUGUUAGUGGCAGCCUCAGUGUUCUCAACCUCCGUGUCUUCAAUGACAGGAGGGUCGGGCACAGACGCAUUCUCCUCGAGAAUGACUUCUUCAGUGGCAGGGGGUGUGGCAGCUCUUUCUUCUUCUUGCCGUGGUUCUUGAUUUUCUUCGGCUGA